AUGUCUAGCACUCAAUUCUAUGAGUUAUACCGUCGUUCUAGCAUCGGUAUGGCUUUAACCGAUUCUUUGGAUGAAUUGAUCCAAAGCGGACAUAUUAAUCCUCAAUUGGCUAUGCGUGUUUUAAUGACUUUUGACAGAAGCAUUUCAGAAGCACUUUCACAACUUGUAAGAAAUAAAGCAAACAUUAAGGGACAUUUACAUACAUAUCGUUUUUGUGAUGAAGUAUGGACAUUUAUUAUAGAGAAUCCUAAUUUUAAAUUUGAUCAAGAAACUAUUUCUGCUGAUAAAGUUAAGAUUGUUGCUUGCAAUGCUAAAAGACCUGGAGAGCAAUAAUCUUAAAAAAAAAAAGAAAUAAGCAACUCUUCAUUCUUCAGUUCGUAUAUAUAAAUAUAUAAACAUGCAUAUACAACUUUUUUUUUUUUUGAAUAAAAAAGUUGUUUGUAAAU